CCUAUUAGUGUUAACAGAUAUCUUUCAUCACAGGAAUCAAUAUUUUUUUUAUAAAUCCUUCUGUUAUUAUCCAUGUCAUUGCGUUUAGUUAUUUGGGUACUUUUUUACAUUUCAAAAAGGGGGGCGCCCUGGGUCAUUUUCCACAUCAGACAAUAUCACAUUGCUUAUUAUUAUGUAUUGUUACAGAGAAAUGGUCUGUUUUUAUAAUUUGUUUAUUUUAUUGACAAUCUGCAUGCAUGCUGUUCAUUUUAUUGCUUAAAUAUUCUGUAUGGUUUUGGUGAUGAUCACAGCAUUUAGGGGACAUGAUAGGUGCUUGUUCAUCUUUUAAAAUAGUGGUAUACUAUUAUCUUUCGACUUUCUCUUUUUAUUUGUGCUCAAUGUUAAAUUUAUUAUUAGCUCAAAAGUGAAUUCUCUCAGCAGUAACAAACCAGUUAUAUAAAAGUAAUGCUCUACCGGCUUGCAUCUCUUAAUGUCGAAAAUUUGAAAUUGACUGGUUCCUAAGUUACUGAAAAAAACAUUUUAAUUUAGCUAAACAAUUCAUAUUAGUGUCAUGGUCUUACUCUUGCAAAAUUUAUCAUUUCUAGUCCGUAACUCCGCUUAAAAAUUAAUCUUUUUUAUAUUUGAGAGAGGUAUGUUCUUCUCAUUUCCUCAACCAUUAUUAUUUUUGCAUAAUGUUGAUAGCAAAUGAGAAAUAGUCCAAAUAUUGCCAGUAUUAAUGAAUAAAUGGCUUCUUAACUAUAUGCUAUAGUCUAACUUAGGGGUGUGAAACCUUUAGUACAUGGGGGGCACAUACAAAUAACUGGAUGAAACAGCACAUUAAUUUAACAUAGGCUUUCUAGUAGUUGCAUACGCAUAAAUUUUGGUUAUUGAUUUUGUGACAUGUGCUGUCCGCUUAGGCUAGCUGUUAAGGCAUUGUAACCCCAUGCGCAUAUAUAAUAAAUUGGACUAGGGUGUAGGCUUACUUGCACGUACCAGAUUGAGCUGAAUUAAACACUCGUUUCGUGGGCCGCACAAUUUUUCAUUUAGGGCCGCCGCUUGCACACCCCUCGUCUCUAACUGGCUUAAUUAGCUGCAUCAAAACAUAUUUUCUUUUUUUUUGUCACCGGUUGUUUUGGUAAUGAAGUCCGUGCUUAUUGGGUAUUUAUGAUUUUUAAGAAGCGAAUAUUAUAUUUUUGUUUGUGCUUUUUAUCUAUGCUUGUUUCAACACUGCAAUAUUGAAAUUGUAAAAUGAAUAUUAUUAAUUUUAAUGUAAAGUUAUAUAUUAUUUAUGUUGUUUUAUUAAUGUGAUCUUGUCUUUUUAAUUUAGAAAUAUAAUCAAAAUGACUGCCAUGCAGUAUAAGUUAGAAGGUAAUCGUAUGUUUGCACAAAAGAAAUAUGAAGAAGCGAUAAAAUGCUACACGAAGGCGAUAAAUAAGACUUCUAAUAAUGCUGUUUUCUUCACAAAUCGGGCUCUGUGCAACAUAAAGCUACAAAAAUGGGAAGCCGUCGUUGACGACUGCAAAACUGCCCUUGAUUAUGACCCCCAAUCUGUCAAGGGUCACUUCUUUCUUGGUCAUGCUACUGCAGAGCUUGAAGAUUUUGAUGAAUCUAUCUCAGAGUUACAAAAAGCACAUACACUCGCGAAACAACAAAAAUUAAAUUUUGGUGAUGAUAUUGCAGCGAUGCUACGUAACGCGAAGAAAAAACGCUGGGAUAAAUUAGAAAAGGAACGUAUUUCACAGGAAAUUGAACUACAAACUUAUCUCACUAAUUUAAUGGUUGAAGACGAAAAACGUGAGAUAACCAAAUUGGACGAAAACGACUCCACAAGCGAUACAGACCGAAAAAAUGUAGAAAAAAAAUUCGAGGAACGUCGAACUGAACUAAAUAACUUAUUUGCACAAGUAGAUGAUCGUAGGAAAACACGUGAAGUUCCAGAUUUCCUAUGCGGAAAAAUCAGUUUCGAAAUUAUGAAGGACCCUGUUAUAACGCCGAGUGGAAUAACUUACGAUCGUAAAGAUCUUGAAGAACAUCUGCAAAGGGUCGGACAUUUUGAUCCCGUUACCAGACAAAAACUAACUGCUAGCGAAUUGAUUCCUAAUCUGGCUAUACACGAAGUGAUCGAGAAAUUUAUUGGAGAGAAUGGUUGGGCUGAAGACUACUAAGAUGUGAUUUUAAUUUAAACACUUUCUUGUAAAAUCAUAUAAGAGGGUUGGAACCUUUUCUCUAAACCAGUGGUGUGUGGCCCGCGGCCCACAAGGAGAAAUUAUAUGGCCCGCUGAGAAGU